AUGACUGAAACAUCAGAAAGCCAGUAUAAUUCAAAAAAGUUUGUUGUUAUCUGGCUUGAUACUAACACUAACCUAACUAAUUAUUCUGCUGACAUGUUAGCAAAGCAUGCACGUGGCAUGAUUGGCUCUGUACUUACAUUCAACGAUGCUGACCAAUGCAUUGAUCUUAUAACAGAUGUUGAAGAUGUACAUAUAUUUUUUAUUAUAUCUGAAUCAUUGAGUAUCAAUAUUGUCCCAUUGAUUUAUCAAAUACAGCAAAUUCACGCAAUUUAUAUAUAUUCCUUAAAUGCAAACCAGCCCGAACAAUGUUUAAAACAAUACCGAAAAGUACAUGGCAUUUACAGUGAUAUUCAUUCGAUUAGUCAUCAAUUAAAUAAAGAUAUUUUACAAUUAUUGAGGGAUUUUAUUUCAACACACAUACUUCCUUCCAUUUAUGAUAAAAAUGAUGACAACAAAUUGCCUGUAUCAAUUGUGUAUUCACAAAUUUUGAGAGAUAUUUUAAUUCAGAUGGAUGAUUGUGAAAUAGCUAAACAAGAAAUGGUCGAGUUAUUGCGUAAACACUCUAUGACUAAUAUUGAAGAGCUGAAAUUAAUCGAUGAGUUUGACUUAAAUUAUCGGCCUGCGUCAGCUGUAUGGUGGUAUACGCGACCAUGUUUUCUACAUAAAAUGUUGAAUGAUGCCCUCAGAAGGCAAGACAUUGACGUACUUUAUAAAUUUCGUUGUUUCAUUAAAGAUUUGCAUGAACUAUUGGCACAUUUCCAGUUAUCAAUGUGGAAAAAACUAAAAUCAAAUACAUGUUACCGUGCUCAAGCAAUGGCAAAAAAUGAAUUUAUUCAACUACAACCAAAUGGACUUUUAGCAUUUGAUAACUUUUUAUCAACGACGGCGGAGAAAAACGUCGCUGAAUCCUAUGUUGGUUGCGAACAAGGCCAUGUGGGAGUUUUAUUCGAAAUAGAAGCUGAUGGCACUUGUCUGACCCAUAAUACUCCAUUUGCUUCUAUCCAAGAUUACAGUUAUUUUUUAGAGGAAAAUGAAGUCUUAUUUUCCAUGGGAAGCAUAUUUCGAAUUCGUUCUAUUCUCAAAGUGGAGAAUGCAAAUGAUUUGUAUCAAGUAAAAUUAAUAAUAACGAAUAAAGAAGAUGUAGAACUGAAUGAAUUGAGAGAAAGUAUCAAAAAUGAAAUUGGUGAUCACAAUGGUAUUUUUUCUUUGGGAUCGCUAAUGAGAAUUAUGGGGAAAUAUGAUAAAGCGCUGCACUUCUUUCAAUUGCUAUUAAAUAGUUCAUCGUUAGAAGUGAAUGAUCCAAUUCGUCUUAGUAUUAUCUAUAAUGAGAUUGGAGUUGCCUACCUAGGACUGAAGGAUUACAUAAAAGCAUUGGAGUUUUAUCAAAAAUCACUUAAACUUAAAAGAAUACAUUUAAAAGCAAAUGACAAAAACAUUUCUGUAGUAUUAUCGAAUAUUGGUAUAGCUUAUGGUAAACAAGGUAUGCCAGAUGAAGCAUUAGCUUAUUUCAAGGAAGCAGCUGAAAUCGAUAUGAAUAAUGCUCACGAUGAUAAUAAAUCGGAUAGAUUACGCCAGGCAUACAACAAUGAGCAUAUGGGCUGUGUAUAUGCUGAAAAAGGUGAUUAUUCGAGAGCUUUACAUCAUUUUCGAAUGACGCAAGAAAUUGAAAAUGAUGUAUUACCACCUUAUCAUACAAACCAUGUAUUUACAAACAAAAAUAUCGGUGCUAUUUUUCUUCAACAAUUAAAAUAUGACGAAGCAUUGAUUUAUUUUCAAAAGGCACUUGCAGUUCAAACAAGAGCUUUAUCCGAUACACAUCCUCAAGUAAUUCAAUUACAUCAGUAUAUUGGCGACACGUAUGAAGGACAAAAAAAUUAUACUCAAGCAUUAUUAUUCUAUACCCGCACACUAAAACUUGCAACUAGGUCUUCAUACACUGACGCUUCCUUCGCUGCUAUGAUAAACAGUCGCAUAGCUGAUAUGCAUUUGGAGUUAAAGCAAUAUCAGGAAGCAUUGUGGUUUUAUAGGCGAUCGUUGGACUUGAGAUUAAAUUCACUGAUAGAAGAUGAAAAGGAAAUAGCCAUAUUAUAUAUAAGAAUUGGCUUGAGUUUAUAUCUUUUGGAAGAUUUUAAGAAGUCGUUUGAAAAUAUGGAAAAGGGCGUACAAAUCUUAAGCAAAACAGAGCCAUCGGAUGAUGAUGAACUAAGAAAAUACAUUAUGGUCACUGAGUUGAUUCGUAAAAAGGCGUAA